AAGCCGUUUCAGCACGCUUUCCUUUCAGUUGUACUUUUGCAGCGCUGUGAUAUUGGCUCACGGAGCUUGAAGUGCAUUUUGCGACUCGACGCUUGUGAGUUGCUUUUGCCAGUGAUUGCCUCAAAACCAUCAAAGGGACCAGAUGCCUCUCCUGUAGACCAUCCACCACAUUUCCACCCUCCAACAUGCUGAAAUGAAGGAAUAAGCGCCACCCCUCGGCUCCACCCCCAAUGAACAACAACGGCACGACCAUGUCCGACUACGAGCGCAUCCGCCUGGUGAUCCUCGGCGGAGCCGGCGUCGGCAAAAGCUGCAUCAUCAAGCGCUUCCUGAUGAACACCUACUCGGACAAGUACCGCAGUACCAUCGAGGACCUCUACAACCGCGAGUACGACCUCGGCCACAUGACGCUCAAAGUGGAUAUCCUGGACACGGCCGGAGAUAUGCAAUUCCCGGCGAUGAGGAGGCUGUGUAUCGCCACAGCUCACGCGUUUCUCCUGGUGUAUGCUGUGACGUCGGCGCCGUCGUUUGACUGCAUCAAGCAGUGUUUCGAGGAGAUUAGGGAACAGAGGGGAGACUACCAGGAAAUACCCAUCGUGGUGGCCGGGAAUAAGCUGGACUUGACGUCCACGCACAGGGAGGUCAGGAUCGAGGAUGUGUCCGAAUGGGUCUACUGCGAGUUGCCCAAGCUGAGAGUGAAAGUGCUAGAGUGUUCGGCAAAGGACGACAUCAACAUCAAGGAAAUAUUCCGUUCGUUUCUGACGCUCUCGAGGAUAUUUCCUCGAGAUACCGAAGAUUCCAGCGGCUUGAAACGCCGAUCCAGCGCGUACGUUUCAGCGAGCAAAGGGGCCAGAAGGGCGGCCAGUCCAGCCCCCGAAAAGGACAAACAGGGCGGCUCAUCGGAGGCCAGAGAGACGGCCAAACCCAGGUCGAGGUCCCUCAUACGGAGGGCCAGCAGGAAGACUAAACAGCAGAUCAGGGACGCGCAUAACGGCGUCGAGGAGUGCACCGUCUCGUAAAGACUUUUGUGGAGAAAGCUCGAGAUGGUUUGCAACCGCACAAUGUAACGAAUUUUACUCUAAGUGUAUCCUGUAUCAAGGUUUAGCAUUACAAGCCGUCCCAACUGAAAAAUCCUCCUCAGUGUAGUGUGUCUUGUUCAAAGUGUUUAUUUACAUCGGGUCUACAUGCAUGACUGUUUCAGUUGGCAAUACUGAAGUGGCGAAACUGCCAAAUAUCUCACCAGUGUUGCUUGCUAACUCAAACAAUCGUUCGCAACUCUCGUACUCCCGAUAUAUCAACAAAAAAUAGUCGGAGAUACAGCGUGUGCCAGCAUUAUUGACCUUCAAUAUCACAAAAUCAAUAACCAAGGUUCACAAUUUUUUGGACACACUUUGUAAAUGUGCGUAAUCAUACUCAUACACGGUGACUUUUUAAAACGAGCCAAAUAAAAUGUAAGUUUGAAAAUCCCGAAGGACUAGAGAUCCAUUUUUAUAGACAAAGGGACACGUUUUGGUGGACUUUUCAAAACUGUAACACCCUCUUUGAAAUUUAAACAACCCUCUGCAUAUUUAAGUGAUUUGUCCCCACUUAUGAUACAGACUGAUCCAGAAAUACUGAGUCUGUUGGCAACACAUUUGAAAGUAUUUGUGCUCGUAAUUUGCAACACUGUAACCGAAUUCGAUUUCUCUUGACAAUUAUUUGACGUACAACCCCACAAGAAUGUUAAAUUGUUGUUAACUGGAAGAGUACCCCAUUGGUAUCCUUAAAAAUUUAAGUCCAGUGUUGCCAACAGACUCAGUAUUUCUGGAUCAGUCUGUAGCUCAAAUGAAAGUUAAAAAUUCUCUAAUCAAUAUAUCAGGAGUUGUGUAACUGUUGAUAAGCUUUACAAAAGACGCUAAAAUUAACAAUUUUAGCUGAAUGAAAAAUAUUGAUAAUGAAUGAUAAUAUUGAUAAUGAUAAUUUUUUUAGUUGGGAAUAAUUCUUACAGAAAAAGAACUAGUUUAUUUUGUUUAUAUUAUGGAAUUUAUUAAUUUGUUUCCUACAGGGUGAUUCAAAAGUCUUGGACUUUUUCUUGAGUAGUGAAAAAGAAUAUCAAAUGGAGUUAAAAGUUCCUAGGGCAUAAAAUUGUUUGAGCUUUUUUUCACCAGAUGUAGCUCGCCAGAGUUAGAUUUGUAGUUUUUGGAAUUGUAGAUCAAAUUUUGUUGUUUAUUUGUUUUUAUUUGCGAAAACGUCACAUCUUAUAACACUAAAGAUAGAUUUCUGUUUAAAAAAAUCACUAAUUAUAAUACAGGCUGAUUCAAAAGUGACGGACAAACUCUCAUAUAGUGAUAAAAGACGUUCAGUUAAGCACAAAAAUGAAGUCAGAUUUUUUCAUGCAACUUAAUUUUGCUAAUUUUUUUAAGUUCUUUUCUUUUUUUUGUUUCCUCUAGUGUCGAAUUUAAUGUAUCGGCAAAUUUUAAAAAUUUUUAAUUGUUUUAUACAGCAUAAGACAUUAAAUGUUGAGGUAUUUGUUCAAUGUUGUAAGAGCUGUCUUUUCCCGCAAGCUAAAGUCAAAAAAUAUGAUCUGAAUUUAACUGUGAAGAGCUAUAUCUCGUGAAAAAAGGCUCAAACAAGUUUUUGACAUAAGAACUAGUAAUUCACAAGUCUUUUGUCAGCACCCGAGAGACUGUCCGAUACAUCUGAAUUACCCUGUAUAUAAAUUAAAUACAACAUCAUUGGAAACAAAAGAACAACAAUUAAAACGGUUGCUAAGGAAAACAAAUGCCAAAAUAUAUUAAAAAUUAAUCUAACUUUAGUUAUACUUCAACACUAUCAAAAUUUCCUGUAUAAAGUAGUUUUGACAACAUCCUUACUGCGAAACGUCAGAUUAUUACUUUUAACAGAUGAUUUAACAAUUCAAUUGAGUGCCCGAUUUAUAGUCGGUAAAUAAAUGACUAUUUUAAGCUUUGUUGGUCGUUCCUCAUCACCAUAUGAUAUUAAACAAUUUCUUUAUCAACUUUCUUGAGUAGAUAAAAUAGCACUUUAACCGCAAGGGUAUAUUUUUAAAUUUAUUUUAGUCAAUUAAAUUAUCAAAUUCCAACAUAUUAAUUUAUUUGCAGAGUUAAAAAUUAAAAAAAAUAUUGUAUUAUACACGACGAUAAAGAUUGUUUAUCUACUCGUGAAAAAGUCCACUCGUGACUUCAUCACACUUGAACUUAACCUUUUCACUCGUAAAUAAAACCAUCUCUUUAUCGUCUUGUAGAAUAAAUAACUAGUAUACCAUGUGAUCAUGUGAAUUUAUAAUUAGAGUUGAUUUUAUCAACUUCUUAAUUCGGAUAAAAUCGUGAUAAUUAAUCAAGCUUAAGUGUCUAAUAAUAAGGUUUCGAACGGUAACAAUUAAUUAGAUUUUUUUUUCUCAGUUUGCACUUGUUUAUCAUUUAUCAAUCACAAAGACAGAAAACCGCCUACUCUGAUUACAAAUUCAAAUGAUGGCAUGGUAUUUCCUACUGUAGAAAUUAAUAAAAAAUUUAUUUUAAAUUUUACCUUGUUCCUUUUUUUUCACUUUUUAGACACCUAACUAAAGUUUUCAAAUUCCUAAAAAAAUCUGGUUUUUACUUAUUAUUUUCCACUGAGUCAGUUACUUGACGCUUUAAUUAGUUCUACAGUGAAGCCUCAAUUAUCCGGCCUCUUCAUAGCCAAAGUCAACUUCCAGUCAAAACUUUUAUAAAUACAUAGAAAAUAAGCAUUUUAGAUGAAAUUUUUAAAUUUUCAACCUUAUUUAGAGAAAUUCAUAAAUUCGACUUCUAUCAAAUUUCCGAAGGAAAAUAUAGAGACGUACGUAAAUAACGUGGAUUUCUAGAUCUUAUUUUGCAAUUUUUGGCUUUCUAUUUUCGAAGAAAUUUUACAAAUUUUGCUUCAUUUCCACUAGUUUUUCGAAAUCAAACGCCCAGAAUUCAUCAAAAUCUUUUUUUUUUUUGAGAUUAUUAAAACUCUAUUUUUUGAUUGAAUGGAAAAAUUUGAAUUAGAUACUUAAUUUAUUUUACCAUGUGUAAAGAAAAAGAAAAACUGGAAUAAAAAAAGAUCAGAGUUUGCGCAAUUUUAAUAAAAACCAAUUGAAACAAAAAAUAGACACAGCUAAAUUUGUUAUAAAAACACGUCGGCCAUUUCAUAUUUUAAAGAAGAACUUUGGAUUACAAAGAGGUAAGUGCUAAAAAUGUUAAAAAAAAUUGAGUGCUCGUUUUAAAAAUAACACCCUAUACAUAAAAUUCCAUUUCCCCCUAUUUGUGACCACUUUCUGAAGUAAAUAUUUUGAUUUGUCGUUCUCCACGUGCAAGAACAUUGCGGGUACCAAUGUACAUAUAUAAUCGUAGUUGUUAUGUCAUUUUGUACUGAGCCACCAUCACACGAAAGUGUUAUAAUAUAACCCAUCCAGUUUCAUAUCGAUGGUCGACAAGGUAUACAACUGUAGCACCCUAGAAUAGGUAAGUGUGGUGUGAUUUGAGUUGUUUGGUUUGAUAGUUUUCGGACAAAACCGUUAUGCCCACCAAUGCAUUAGUGAAUUUCUGUAAAUAGUUAAACUAAUUGAACUUCUGCGUAUUGUGAUACAGUAAUUGAGGCUAUAAUCGCCGAACUGUAAGCAUGUAACCAGUCAGAAGUUUUGUUUUUGUGUAUAUGUUCCUAAAGAAAUCAAAAAAUUACUCAAAUGUCAGGGCACAGCAGACUUUUUGCUUCAAAAACUCGCCCGUGAUUGAAGGGAUCAUCAACACGAUUUUAAAUUUUUUAUGAUUAUAUACCGGCGCUUGUAAAUAAAAUUGCAUUGUAUUUUAAUUAAGUAGAGCUUAGAAUAUGUGGAAAGACUGUCGCAUCUAUGGUAUUUUAUGUCUUGUGCUCAUUUCACUGCUUGUACUAGUUGAGUGUCUUUAAAACCAAAUUAUGUCCGUCAUAUACGCACUUUUAUCACUAUUGCACAAUAGCUGUUACGAAAUGUUUAUCAAAUAUUGGAUUUUUAUUGUUAAUCUUUAUUCAUUCAAGGCUCUGGCGUGUUGUCCACUAUACUGACCACGGAGUCUGUUACUUUAUCAAAUGCCAAUACAAAUGUUGUUAAGUAUAACAAAAUGACGCUUAUAUUAUAAAAAGUUUGUAAUGUAUAUAAGCAGGGUCUAGCAAGUUGACUGAGUGACGUAACACGUUGAGUUUAUAGUAUUGUUGUUAAAUCUAAAGUAUUGUUGUGUAAUUUUGUAUUAUUGUGUUUACGCUAAUUGGAAUGUUUUUUAAAAAUUACAUGGAAAGACGCUGAGUGAUAAUAUAUCAUUAACCAAA